CUAUCAGCAGCCGAUUACUGUCGCAGUGCGAGCGCUAGUGUCACGUCGAGAUUUGAAAAUCCACAGUGUGCAGAGUGCUAUGAGAUGUUAAGAAUGGAGGAGGAGUUCGAAUUCAAGUUGCCGACUGUGCCCGCCGACGACUAUAAGCAGAUCCAGCUCAACAUUUCUAAUAUUUUCGUGAAACCCAAUGUUGGCGUGCCGGAAGUGGACCUGGCCGAUCCGCAAUACGAACAAUUCUUGGCGGACGUUUGGGUCGGAAUCGUUUUGACUCUGAUGGUGCUAAGUUGUGUCUGUUUCAUGUGCUCCUGCCUUAUUUACCACAAAUUUCAGCAAUGGAAAAGUAGAGUUAUAGAGGCGAGGAACGCAGCAAGUUUGGAGUCGGGAACCGGUGAAUCGGAGUUGCCAAGUUACACCAUCGCUUCCGGUCUGCCGACCUACGAAGAAGCCUUAGAACAGCUGAAGCAGGUCAAGGAACUCAGCGGAUACAGUGCGAAAACAUCGGAAACAAUAGAAAACCGGACGCCCCACACUCCGCCAACCCCAGCAGUAAACACGCUAUCGGUGAUAAACUUAUUUCAACUCUAUAAAAACAACGACAGUGCACCGUCAAUAAAAACGACGUCGUGAGAGGGCACCAGAGAAUAGUGUGAGUUGAGUCACGUAUGUGUUGAUCUACAUCUUGAGACUUAACGAGUUUCGUCUUUGAUGUCACCGAUGGAAUGCUUGCGAAACCAAGAGGAAACCUGUGACUGGGGUGACAAUAGCCAGUUUUUGUCAUUAGUUACCAUUUAAGAAUCUAAUACAAGAACUAGAUGUAACUGAACUGAAUAAGUUAUUUUUAUACUUUUGUAAAAUUGCGACUACUUCGACGCAAUUGUGUCUUUAAAUAUUGUGUGUAGAGUUGAUUGUAUAGAGGAAUUCGUUGUAUGGAAAUAACAAAUCAAGUGAAUGUAUAAUGGCAUUGAAAAAUUAGAUCAAUUUAAAGCAGACGGCGACUUCGGUGUACAAGGUGGUCAAAAUAAAAUUUAUUAUACAAUAAAAAUUAUUGUUGGCAGUUCCUUAUUUGUAUUUGAACUUGGCUCGCAAUCAUCUGAAUUAGGUUUCAUCUUGAUACAAAAUAUUUUUCUUUUUCCUCCUCUAGUAAACCAAAUGAAAAUUACUCUUUCUAUACUCUGCUCUUUCUCUUAAGGUGCGUUACUAGAAAGAGUAGUAAUUUAGUAUUUAUAAUUUUGUUAAAGGUUUAUCAUGGUGCAUUUUGCACUGCGUUAUAUUUCUGAUGGAGGUGCACUUUUCUUCUCGAGAUGCAGCUUAGUGCAGGUGAAGGAAAAAAUACCUUUAAUUACAGAUAUUUUUUUAUGAUACAGUUGUUGGUUAACGGACGAAAUAUUUUUAUAGUAAUUUGCAAGAACUGCUAACAUAAAUUCUUGUAAAGUUAAAGUUUAUCUGAUUAUUCCUGAUAGAAUUUCUACAUGAGUGAUGCACAAUAUGAUCGAACACUAAAAUUACAGUUGAUUUUAUUGGGAGCAUCUUUAAAUUAAAUUAAUAAUACAUUUCACAUAAUAAUAAUUGAAACAUUUGUACAGUGACUUAACAGUUUGCCAUAGUUUCAAGCGGAGAAACAAUUCGAACAUAACAAAUUCAACCAUGUUCUAUUUUGUUCAUUCCUGAUUUUUUGCACAUAUGCGAAACAUUUAAAGUUCCAAGGGAAUUAAAUUAGAAAUAUCGUCAAAAUUCUGAUACUACGUCCAACACCAAUUUUGUCUUUGUUUGGUAUCUCAAUAUUAAAAUUAUAGAAACAUGGAAUAAAAUGAUGCAAGUCAUACCUAACGGAUAUUGAAGUCUGGUCACUCAUUUGGAUUUCCAAUGACGAUUACGAUUGAGAAACACUUUUUAUUACUUUUUUAUAUCUUCAAUAAAAGGUUAAUGGUCCUUUCAAGAACAACUUUUUUAAGGAAAAGUAUUAUUUACUUUUAAUAGUAACUUUUUACCACAAUCUGACUCAGCUGUUAAAGUUUACCUUACGUAACAUGAUGAGAAGUGAUUUGUUCCGUUUAUUAUAUUACGACUAAAAUAUUUUGUAUUUUUUAAAUUUUUGUUAACAUCCUUGCUUUAAAUUUCAUAUUAUUUUUUAGGGAUAGCGAUGACAAUCCACCAAGCUUCAAAUUUAAAAUAAAUUUCAAAAUAUGUUUUCGCACCUAUAUAUUUUAUGAGAGGUACAUACAAUAUUACACCAAAUUACGAAAUAUUUUAUAAACGAAUUCAAGUAAAUAAUAAUUUUCACUCUCUGUAAGUGCUAAUACAUUUAAUUGGAUACAUUAUCGCAACCGUUAAAAGUUUAACGAUGGCGUCUGCAAUGUCAGCUAAGUAAUUCCUUUAUGAAGUCAGUUACGUAAUACUAUCUAAAUCUGUAGAUUAGAAUAUUCCUACACACCACAUAGUAUUAUUAUUAUUGUUAAUGUGUAGGCAUUGAUGGCUGUGUAUUAGAUUAUAAUUUUUUAUUUUAACUGGCAUUUUAACAUUAAUUAAUGUUAUUUAUGUGAAACGUGAUAAUUUAAUUUAAGUCUGAUGACGCUGGACGUCAAUUUUUAUUGUAGAUAAUUGCAAAUAUUUGUUU